AUGGAUGAUCAGAUCGCCAAGUGGGUAAGCUCGUGUCGUCCCUGUCAGGAGUCCAGGGCAGCCCCGCCAGCCGCCACUCCCACCAGGUGGGAAAGUGCCAAUGCCCCAUGGUCAAGGCUCCACAUCGACCUCGCCGGGCCAAUGCAUGGCAAGACCUUCUUAGUGGUCGUAGACUCGUACUCUAAGUGGAUCGAUGUGGCAUUACUCCCGACGACCACCACUCAAGCAGUUGCCAAAGCACUGACUCGUUUCUUUGUGACUCAUGGGCUUCCUGACACCCUGGUCUCCGACAAUGGCCCCCAGUUCAUUUCAAGUGAAUUCAGCAGGUAUGUCACCAAUCUGGGCAUCAGACACGUCCUCACAGCCCCCUUUCACCCUUCUAGAAACGGGCUGGCAGAGAGGGCUGUCAGAUCGGCCAAGGAGGCUCUGGCCCAUUUCGACCAAGAGGACUGGCACUCUAAACUGUCUCGUUUCCUCCUGAGCCAGCAUACCACACCAUGCACAGUUACGAACAAAUCCCCAGCCGAACUGCUAAUGGGGAGACUCAUUCACCAUCUCAUCGCUAUCUCUGUUCAAAAGUUCCACCAACCUCUCCGCCAUCACCAACG